AUGGGGCCCGGUUCGGAACGCGUGGUGGGCUGGGGCUUCAGCAAGGUGGUGCUGCGGGCCGCGCUGGCGGGCGGCGGCGCCGUGGCCCUCAAGGCCGUGCACGGCGGCGGGCGCGAGGUGCGGCAGUGCGUGCAGCGCUACGCGGCCCCCGACGGCUGCCGCCGCCUGGCCGCCUACAAGCUGCUCAAGGAGGCGGCGCUGCUGCGGCGCCUGCGGCACCCCGGCAUCGUGCAGCUGCAUGGUCAAUGCUAUGAUAGCAGCGGAGAUCCUGAAGUGAGGGUCACCGCGAUGCUGGAGCUGGGAACCCCCCUGGAGAUGAUUCAGCUUCUGCAGACCCCCUGGGAGGAGAGAUUUAAAAUUUGCCUGAGUCUUGUGAAACUGCUGUUUUACUUGGCACAUUCCCCCUUGGGUUCAAUAGUCCUCUUGGAUUUCCAGCCGAGGCAGUUUGUUAUGGUGGAUGGAAACCUAAAAGUGACAGACAUGGAUGAUGCCAGCACUGAGGAACUGUCAUGCAAGGAAGAUAAUGACUGCACACUCGAAUUCCCUACGAAAAGCUUUCCUCUCAAAUGCUCCGCAGUCGGGAAAUGUGAAGGAAUAAAUGAAAAGAAGAAUCUUUUCAACGCAUAUCGGUACUUUUUCACAUAUCUUCUGCCACACUCUGCACCUCUACCUUUGCAGCCCUUUUUGCGUGAUAUUCUGAAUGCAACAGGUGAUUUACGAUAUGGUAUAAAUGAAACCUUGAAAGCUUUUGAAAAGGUUUUACAUCUGUACAAGUCUGGGCUCUAUCUACAGAAAAGACCCCUUCUUUUAAAAGAGUACAUCUCCUUGAAGGGCUUCCGAACAGUGGAAGCAGAAGACUAUAAGUGCUGGCCCUCCUACAGCCACCUGGGCUGCCUGCUCUCCGUCCACAGCGCCGAGGAAGCCGCCGCGAUUUGCAACUCCCAAUCCCAGUGUCAGAGCUUCAUCGUCACCCAGCAGAGGACAUGGACAGGACGCCCACUUGCCUCAUUUCAGAGCAGCCCGACUGAUUUAAUACCGGAUGUUAAUGCCGUAGUCUAUAUAAAACGAUCAGCUUCCUCAGGGGAAAGACUUUAAAGACAAUGAGAUCACAGAAAAGGGUGCUGGGAAGAACAACCGUUGGGGAGAACUUCAGCUACUGAAAAGAAUGACAUAUUUUAUUUCGCUUUAGAAUGCAAACUCCCUGCCAGCUCAGAUUGAGUCAAACGCUGCUGCCUCCUUGAUCAAAGCUCAGAUUUCUCCUUGCAGAAUGCUCCCUUCUCCACCGCCCUGCUAGCUUCUUCAUCUGUUCCCACACUCUGCUGUUCCUCAUAAAAGUGCUCAGUUUUAGUCAAAUGUUGCUAGAAUGUGCAAUCCCCAGCCUUGCUGCUUCAGUAGCCAGCUUGUGAGCCAAGAAAUAGAAAUAGCCGCAAGGGACCCGGCUGGAGUAGGCCUAGAUAGUUCAGCAGUCUCUGAAAGACCACGAGUAAUGAACGUGGCUCCUCCUGCAGCCGCCAGCAGGGAUUUCACACCAUUGCAGCUGUAAAGGUCGAGAUUUCAGUGGUGGGACCAAUGUUGCAGAGUUGGGAUCCAUAACCAGAGGUUGAUGAUGGGGGUGGUCUUCAAAGUAGGGUUUUGGUUCUGUUCCUCUCAGGGCAGGGGAAGGGAGGUGUGUAGAGAUCACCUCCGGAACCAUGUGUCUGAGUGUUUGCAUGUGGGAUUUCAGUUUUAUCCUCUGUGGUUUGUAAUGCCAGCUCCCAUGUAUCAACCUUGAAGGUUUUUUUCUCUGUUACUUUCCAUGAAAGAGUGAGACAUUCAAAUUAUUUAUGUAUGAAAUGUUACUCUG